AUGUUCCCCACCGCCGGUGGAAGCUCUCAGGCGAUUGCCCAAGAGUCCGCGGCACCGCAGUCUCAGCAAGGUCUUGACUUUUUCAGAGCUUUCGCCCAAAUAGCCGCUCAAACAUCCCAUUCACAGCAACCCGCUAGCCAAUACAUUGCAUCCCUUGGUCAACAGUCAGUACAUGCAGCUCAGCUAGCCGCUCAACAACAUUCCCCUUCAAUUUCUCUAUUGCAGCAAGGCAUAACUCGUCAGGUGGACCAACAUCAGGAUAGCGCUACUGAGCAAUCGAAUCAGCCUGUUCGUGAUGAUCCUCAUCGACGUCCGUCUCUAAUGUCGAAUUUUUUCCCGCCACAUAUAAGCCAUCAACAAGGAACUAGCAGAGACGAAAAUCACCUUGAUGUGGACGCAAGCGGGAGUUUUGCUGGGAUGAAGAUCGAUCCAUCUCCGGGAAGCACAACGUUGUCUGAUAAGGAGACAGAAGAGCAGGCUGAAAAGAAAGCAACAUCUGACCGCCUUGAAGCAAUAGAAAAGGAUAGGAAACAAGCCGAUCAACAAGUGGAAACGCUAACAAAACGAAGAGAACGCCUUAAGAACAUCAAAAAAGAGUCGGAGCAAGAAGUCAAAGAUGUGCCGAAUGGCGAGACUGAUGAGCGGGAAAACAUUCCCCUUUGGCAACGAAUAAUUGCCGAAAAUAAAAAGAGAUCGCUUGGAAAGUCACGACUAGCUCAAAAAAGACCUGCACAAGAAGCUCUGUUCUUUGAACCUUACGAUGCACCCGGAAUGAGCGAUUUGCUGAAGAAGCAAAAGACGUUUGGACCGAAACUCCGGCAGAUGGUUGAGUUCCGACAUCGAGUAAAAGUGGCCUGCUACAAGUACAACGACGAGUUCUAUAGCUCAUGCAUGAGGGAUUUUCUUCGGAAAACAGAACGUUGGGAGCACAGUCCGAAGAAAAUCGCUCGAGAUUUGCGCAAUCGUGAGAUUUUUGAAAGGGCUUUUCCGGAGAUGAAAAGGACACGAGAAGAAAAAGAACGCUCCUGUCGAAAUGAUCGCAUCAGCCUUCGUGGACAGGAUCCCUCUGAUGACGCAGCGGGUAGUGGCGAGAAGGCCCAAGUGGAUGAGGAAUUCAAAAUGAGAAAUGCGGCUGCCAUUCCUCCUCUACUCAUUCAUGAAUCAAACAUUAGACCUAGGCUUUUCGACAACAAGCAUGCAGUUAUCAAAGAUGCUGCCCAAGCGAACAAAAAUUGGAUAGAAACGUUCCUUGCAUCGUGGUCCGACGAAGAAAAGAACUUGUUUCGUGAGAGGUUAGCUGCUGUUGGAAAAAACUAUGCAAAUAUUGCUAUGUUCCUCGAGAAUAAGACUGUGAAGGAUUGCGUCUUGUACUAUUACUUGUGUAAGAAAAGGGAAAAUUUCAAGAGUUUGAUACCCAAACGUAAACGAAAACUUGCGAAGACCUACAAGCCGCCGAUUAUGCCUACGCCGGAAGAACUUGCAAUGUACCAACUGGUUCCACAGGAUGCUGUAACGGAAGCACAGUCGAGUACAUCUCAAGACAGCAAAUGUGUGAUGUGUCAGCUGCGGAUUGAUCCAACAACAAAUCCCGGACGUAUUCUUACACGGUCUAAUUAUGAGAUGUAUGGUAUUGAUGCGAAGAAACAAGGUGCUGACUGUAAGAUUUGUACGAAAUGCAAGGACGAAGUUUUGAAAAUCCGAAAUAGCGGACGCUGCAUGGUUAAAGUAUGUGCUUCGGGGAAGCGAAAAGUGAAAGCAACAAAAGCGAUGCCAGCCAAAUGGCGUCAAAUGGACGAUCGUCAACGUGCUUUCAUGCUGGCCCAUAUGUCCAUACCGCGAGAGAUUGUUAAAUGCUGUGGUCCCUGUUUUAAACGGAUAUCUAAGAAGCUUGACCUGCUGUUUGCUGGAGAACUUGAUGAAGAAAUGGCGAAAUUCGAACUUGAGAUUCAUCAGACUUGGCAAACUGCGGAGAUUUCCCGCCUACAAAAUCUCGUUGCUCAGCUAGGCCAAAAUUGGUGCAGCAUUUCGGAACAGAUGAAUGGAAGGAGCGCUGAUGAUUGCCGAAUGCAGUACGAAUCUCUCACUAAAAAGGAAGAAGAAGAUGAGGAAGACUUUGAAGAGGAUGAUAAGGAAAGACAUGAAGAUGAAAUGCCGAUGGAGGAGGACACUCAAGAUGUUCCUGAUGUUUCUGUUGUAACUUUGCCUGAUGGUGAUGGUGAUCUGGAUAUAACCGAGGUGCCCACAACGUCUACUGCCGCUGCAUUGCGCGCUUCUCCUGCAGAAGUAAAGCCGAAGGAAGAAUCGCUAUCUGUUAUUGAGCAACCAACAACCGCUUCUGGUCUCGUUAAAGGAUCAAUAACUGCCGGGACUCCUUUCCGUCCUCCAUCUGUUUCCAUUAUUGAACAACAACAAACUGGCUCACAGCUUGCUGCUGCAGCAGCUGCAGCUGUGGCAGCAUCGGCGUCGAGUACACCACAGCCUACAACAACUCAAGCGAUGCUCGCCGGUUUCGAUCAAAACACGCUGAUGCAGCUUCAUCAACUGUUUGCAGGAGCAGAUGAGAAUCGUGCAAGAGCGAUCUUGGAACAGUAUCAACAGCAACAACAGCGAAACUUCCAGCAGUUCCACCAAUUUGUCCAGCAACCUUCUGUCGAGCAAUUGUAUAUGACGUACUCACAGUUCUCUGAAGCAGAUUUAAAUCGUAUUCAUCCGACUGUAGACGUGGCUACCCGUUGUGUGAUUGAACUGAUCCUUCAACACCGAAAACAACAGACAGCAAAUCUUCAAAUGAGGCAACAACAUGCUGCUAUGCUGAGCCAAAUUCAAGCGAAGCAGUUGGAACAACAGCGUCAAGAAAGACUGCAACAAGAGAAACAACGUCAAAUCGACGCCGCAAAGAAGCAGUUGCAGGAACAAAUCAAGCAUCAUGACAUCACUGCGGCCAAUAUCGAUAAGAAUACAAUAGCGAUGGCGCAUAGAGUUGGAGAGAUCAAUCAUUCGCUCCAGACGGCCUCAUUAACACAGCAGCAACGACAACAGCUUCUCUUGGAAUACAGUAGCCAGUCGGCUAAAUGCUCAAGUUUGCAAACAAUGGCUCAAAAUCAUCGUCUGCAAAGGACACAACUGCAAAAUCAACUUGAUGCAUUGAAUGCGGGCAGCGGAUCAGCUGCUGCUGUGGCAUCGAUGUCGUUAUCAGCAUCACCAAUGGUUUUGAGAACGCAUGACGCAUCCAUGCCAAUGGACGACGAACAGCGACUAAGAGAAGAGAUUGAGAAGAUUGAUGAAGACAUCCGUGGCAUGGAGAAGCAGGUACGACGGCUUGAGGAGGAAGAGCGAACGUAUCAGAAGAAGAAAAUGCAAGCGGAGCAGAUGAUUACGUCAGCGUUUCGGAUAAACUCAACUGUACAGGACUAUCAGGCAAAACAAGAACUGAAGGAGGCGCAGGAUAAUAUGAGAGUUGUUGAACACUCACGCCUGACAUUCCAGAAGAAGCUGGAUAAUCUCCGCGAGAAUCGUGAACUUCUGAUGCGGCAACAACGAAUGCUGUUGAACAGCGGCAAUACAAGCGGUGUGAUCGUAGGCGGUUCUGGAUCAGUGAGUAAAGGUGCCGUGAAAGACUUCACGCAUUCGCAGCAGCAAGCAGCUAAAGCUGUGCAGCCAUCCACACCAUUGUCAUUGGCUGCACAAGCGCAAGCACAACAACUACACCAAUUGCAAUUGCAACAGCACAAGAAUCUUAUCGGUAUACGACAACCGACUGCUGACUCGAAACCGCCGACCAGUGCUCAUUCUCCAUGGCCGGGUGCAUCGGCGAAUAAAGAUAGGGACGGUUCACAUUGGGGCGAGAACAAGCGAUUCAACAAUAUGCUUGACAGAGUUGUUCAUGAGGAGUUGACAAAUAGCCAUGCUGCCCAGCAAGCAGCACAUGCUGCAGCGGCUGCGCACUCCUCGGUUGCUCCACCGGAAAUUCGACGGAAAUCCGGUUUGGAAAUGUUAAAUAUCCCAUCAGUUUCUGUCGCAAGACAUCCUCAUCAGAGACGGCCUAUUAGCCCUCUAGGGGGAGCUGUGGGAAUACAACGACCAUCUAUUAAUCCGGCUGCACGGUCGAUUUUGGGAGGUGCAUCAGCAUACGGUGCUUUAGCCAUAAACACUUCUCAUGGUGCUACUGGUUCACCCCAAAUGUCCGGACAACAUAUGUCGCCGUCGGUAUCAGCAGCACCAUCCUCGGUGGCCUCCAACGUCUUCGCUCAUUUCCAGCAGUCACUAAGUGCCUGUUCACCUGCCAGCCAAGCCAGCAAAACACCUCAACCAAUGACUUCGCCAGCGUUGUGUGUAUCAAAAGCUGAUGUUCCAGCAGCAGUAGUGCAACCAAUGGUAUCUCCUGCGUUGCCGAACACCACAAGUGUGCUGACAUCAGUUCCUUCCUUCCAGGAUACUAAUGUGCCUUCGUCAACAGCAGUUCCACCACCACCAACGCUUCAGUUUCUUGCCUCUUCCACCGUAUCAGGUCCACCUACAUAUGAGCCGAUAUCGCCAGAUGACAGCGCUCCCACAAGUCCAGUCGUGCGCCCAGAAGUUCCUCCAUCCGUGCCAACUUCAUCCAGCGGUUCACGGAUGUUCUCUGCGCUCGAUUUCGACUUUCCGCUCGCUGUAACACCAUCGUCGACAGCUCCACCACCGCCGUCACUGGCACCGCCCCUAGCUGAACUGCUUCGCACAGCGACCAGCGACGCGGCCAUCGCCAGUGCUAUGACUUUUGAGCCGUUGUCUGACGAUGAUGACUGA